CACCGAUUUUCUAUCCCUCUCCUUACCUAGGGUUCAAAACCUUCAUUCCGUUAGAUUCGACUCAUUCUUUCUUUUUUUUUAUAAUAUUCAUAUAAAAAAAAAAGAAAAAGUUUCCAUCAUGAUGCAACAGCCAGCAUCCGGGGUGGUCCCACAGCAGAUGCCGUCGGAACAGCAGUACCAGCAGGCGCACGCCGCUGCCGCUGCGGCGGCGCAGCAACAACAGCAGCAGCAGUGGAUGAUGCAACAGCAACAGCAGCAGCAGCAGCAGGUCCCACAACAACAGUCUGGGUGGGCCCAGCCUCAACAGGCCCAAGCCCAGGCCCAGUACUCGGCCCAACAGACUGUUGGGUCGGAAGAGAUCCGCUCUCUCUGGAUCGGAGACUUGCUUCCCUGGAUGGAAGAGAAUUACCUCCUCAGCUGCUUCGCUCAUACCGGAGAGGUUGUAUCUGCUAAGGUUAUCCGCAAUAAGCAAACUCAGAUAUCUGAUGGUUAUGGUUUCGUUGAAUUUGUAAGUCGUAAUGCAGCAGACAGGGCAUUGCAAUCCUGUAAUGGAAAGGUGAUGCCAAACACUGAGCAGAAUUUCCGGUUGAACUGGGCUACACUUGGUGCUGGGGAGAGGCGUCAAGAUGAUGGUCCUGAUUAUACGAUUUUUGUAGGGGAUUUGGCGGCUGAUGUUACUGAUUACAUGCUUCAAGAAACCUUUAAAACUGUAUACACCUCAGUGAAGGGUGCAAAAGUUGUCACUGAUAGGGCCACUGGACGUUCUAAGGGAUAUGGGUUUGUCAGGUUUGGUGAUGAAGGUGAACAGUUGCGUUCCAUGACUGAAAUGAAUGGCCAAUAUUGUUCUUCGAGGCCCAUGCGCAUUGGCCCAGCUGCUACCAAAAAGCCUGUUGUUGGUGGACAGCAAUAUCAGAAAGCUACUACUUACCAGAAUACUCAAGGAACCCAGGGGGAGAAUGAUCCAAAUAAUACAACAAUAUUUGUAGGGGGUUUGGAUUCAACUGUCACAGAUGACUUGUUGAGACAGGUUUUUAGCCGGUUUGGUGAGCUUGUUCAUGUGAAAAUUCCUGUAGGAAAGCGCUGUGGUUUUGUUCAAUUUGCUAACAGAGCUUGUGCAGAGCAAGCAUUAGCAUUAAUGAAUGGAACUCAGUUGGGAGGACAAAGCAUUCGACUUUCAUGGGGGCGGAGUCCUUCAAACAAACAGACUCAGCCGGACCAGGCCCAGUGGAAUGGUGCUGCAUAUUAUGGGUACCCACAAGGAUAUGAUGCAUAUACAUAUGCACCUCCUGCUCAAGACCCUAACAUUUACUAUGGAGGCUAUCCUGGAUACGGAAAUUACCAGCAGCCUGGUGCUUACCAACAGCCACAGCAGUGAUCUUUAACCGUUUCAAGCCUGAAGACUGGCCUCGUUGUGUUCGAAGUGCAUUAACUUGCGAUUUUGCUCAUUGGCUGUAGAAAGAUGGUGUGGGGUGCCAUCUAAAUUUGAUUUUAGCUUUAUUCUCUCUCUCUCUCUCUCUCUCUCUGUUCUUCUCCUUGUGUUUUUUGUGACAUUGAGUAUGUUGAAGGCACUACUAUUGUGGUGGCGUUGGUGCUCCUCUUAGUUCUAUUUAUGAAUGUCUUGUAUACAAUAUGGAUUUGCCAGAUUUUCUGCUGUAUUAACUAUAUGAUGAUGGCUCUUAUUUGCUUUCAA